AUGAUCGUCCCGAUUCGCUGCUUCACCUGCGGCAAGGUGAUAGGGCACCUCUGGGAGCGCUGGCUGGAGAUGCUCAAGCAGAACGUGAGCGAGGGCGACGCCUUGGACCGCCUGGACCUGACGCGCUACUGCUGCCGCCGCAUGAUUCUGACGCACGUGGACCUCAUUGAGAAGCUGCUCGUCUACAACAUCUACGACAAGCGGAACCAGGAGCACAUCUGA